GAGCAUCGAAGACGGAUCUUUCCGCUGGUCGUUCGCUCCAUACCGUCCCACGUUCAAUUUCCAAGCUGCGACGGUCCACGACGGCAGCUUCGUGUUUCAGGACCGGACGGGAGGCGUCUAUCGCUUGUCCACAAAUGGCAAGCUCCUCUGGUAUGCCAAAACACCCGACAGGGAGUCGUCGACCACUGCGGCAGUCGUGCUACACGACGGGCGCGUCUUCGCCGUCAGCAAUGUUGGCCAGCAGCCCGCUGGGCUUUUGCAUGUCUACGACUAUGAAGAAGGCCAGCACCUCUGGACCCAGGAGCUGCCCCAUGAGGGCAACCAGGCGGUAGCUGUGGGCGAGCUGGCUGGCAGCCCGGGCAAGACCUCGAUUCUCGGCAUGGGCAAGAAUCCAGGGCUGCCCCUCAUCGCGAGAGUGGCGAUAUCACUCCCGAUGAUCGUGGUCCCACUGUUCUUGCCAUUCCACUUGCUGAGCCUUUCCUUCCCGUCUGUCUUCACGAAGAAGGAAGGGCGGGCGAUCUUCGCCGUGGAUGCUGCUACUGGUGCCGUUCGCUGGUAUCACGAGAUGCUUGGGCACCACUUCAACCUUGAACCUACAACCGUUGGACUUGAGCUAGGACCAGCAGGGAAGCAUUGCGAUCUUACGGUACAGACUCGCAGAAGGGAGCACAUCAGUGGAGUU